UGUGUGUUGGGUGGGUGGGGAAAUUUCGGGUCGCGGAAAGAUGGGCGGCCUGAUGAGCAGCUUGUCCUCGUCUACCUCGGACUCGGGCAAGGGCCGGAGCAAGUCGUCGAGCGUGCGGGUGUCCCACGGGUUCCACCUGGUGGAGGGCAAGUCCGGGCACGACAUGGAGGACUACCACGUCGCCGAGUACAAGAAGCGGAGGGAUCACGUCCUCGGCCUGUUCGCCAUCUUCGACGGCCACCUCGGCGAUCGGGUCCCCUGCUACUUGAAGCAGCAUCUCUUCGACAACAUCCUCCAAGAGCCGAAUUUCUGGAAAGACCCCGAGACCGCUAUAAAGAAUGCGUAUCGGUCCACGGACAAAUUCAUUCUUGAGAAGUCGAUGCAGUUGGGCCCUGGCGGCUCGACUGCCGUGACUGCAAUUGUGAUCGAUGGCAAAGAUUUGUGGGUUGCCAACGUCGGUGAUUCCAGAGCAGUGGUCUGCGAGAGGGGCUCUGCCAAUCAAAUUACAGUCGAUCACGAACCGCACACUGAACGGAAAAGGAUUGAGGAGCAGGGGGGGUUUGUUACUCUUCUUCCCGGAGAUGUGCCUAGGGUUAAUGGACAGCUUGCAGUUGCACGGGCUUUUGGGGAUCAAAGCCUCAAAGCACAUUUAUCUUCGGAGCCUGACAUAAGGCAUGUACCAAUUGAUUCGACUAUUGAGUUCGUCAUAUUGGCAAGUGAUGGCUUGUGGAAGGUGAUCAGUAACCAAGAAGCAGUUGACUUGGUCAAACCGAUAAAAGACCCUCAAGCAGCAGCAAAGAGAUUAACAAGUGAAGCACUGAGAAGAGAGAGUAAAGAUGACAUAUCUUGCAUUGUCAUCAGAUUCGCUAAUGCUGUUGAGAAGCAUCCUGAUAGAGCCACUCGGUCAUUGUGAAUAUCUCCCGUUCAUAAAGAAGUUGAAUGUUGAUGUGAAAAGUAAAGUUACAUGUCAGCGCCAUCUGCUUUUAGGGUGCUGUACGUAGUAGUGGCCUUCAUUGUAUAGGUGUUAGAGCAGAUUGAAUAAUAGUGGUGCAGUUCCUUCUUUAUCACGAGCGCCCGAGCCUCCUGGAGCGCCCGCGUAGUUUUAGGAUGUGUGAGAUCUCAUUAUUUUACUGUAUUGGCGUUUGUAUAGUUAGUCCUACCAUGUUGAUUGUCAUGAGGGGUCUAAACUCUAGGGGAUUUUGAACCUUGAGAUGUCUUUUUACCCAAUACCAAGUCUGGCUUGUGAUUAAAA